AUGCUCAACGAUGGGCUCAUAACUGUCAAUCAAGCUUGGGGCCUUCACUAUUGGGCGGCUGGCAGCUGCGCGGUUGCCCCUUCCGCCUGGGUCCAAAUCGACUUGGGCGAAGUAACGUUGGCGGAUGCCGUGGAAGCCUAUCACCGCCCAGGUUGGUCCCACUGCCAAAAGAAGGUCGAAGUGUCAAUCGACGGAAGUAGCUGGAAGCCUGUCUACGAUGGUAGUUCGACCUUUCUUGUAUCGGGUACAAAAAUGUGGUUUGCACCAGAGAAGGCCCAAUUCGUCCGCUAUUGGGUUGGUCGCAGUAACUAUCAAAACUGGGUGGCAUUGGAUGAUAUUGUCGUAUAUGGCGGUGCGCUGGAACCGGCGUUCAUUGAUGUUAGUAAUGACGGGGGAAUACUUGUCAUGGCAUUCGAAGGACAGGCUUGGCUGACGUCCGGCAAGGCGGGAGACGGGAUCUGGGUGCCUAUGACCAAUGGCAUCACCAACCGAGUGACUGAUGUCGCCGUAUCCGACAAGGAACACAGAGACUACCCGGAGGAAUCUCUGGCGACGAUUUACGGACUCUACUCGGAUGCUUGCCAGGGGCUGCAAUCGGCAGUUGCUUACGCCCGUCCCUCGAGACCAGCAAUGGCUCGCUGGUUUUCUCAAGUGAACCAGGAUCUUUGCUUGACCCAAGUCGUUGUGAGUGGCGACGGGUCGCUGUUUUAUGAUACCAAUGAAGCGGGACAUAUGUGGUACAAACGAGCCUCGGAUGCAUCUUGGAGCUCGAGAGGCGGUCGACCAGUUGACAUGGCCCUGAAUGCCGAUGGAACAGCUCUGGUAGUAGCCGAAGCGGGAGUAGGUGUCAUUUGGGCAUACAAUCUCCACCAGGACCCGGCGGGAAUGGCUAAUGCUCCGUACACGAAGUUUGGAAAGAGCCCCACCGGUACAAACUUUCGCUCGGUUUCUCUGGGCGGCCUUCACGAGUUGUGGGCCGUCGACGACAACUUGGACAUUUGGCACACUUGGAUUGUCAAUCCUGCGGAUGGCAGCAAACUGAGCCACAGGGGUUGGCAGCAAUUCGAUGGCAAGAUGAUGUCGAUCACGGCCUCCUCUACGGGAAUGGUUUAUGGCGUGUCCGAAGAUGGCAGGGGUGUCCUUCGAUGCUUCGGCCGUGAUCCCGUGAACUAUGAUUUGCGUUGCGACUAUGUGAUGAAUCCCCUGGAUCGGGCUACAGUCUAA